GAGAUGGCGGUGGAAGUGGGUACAUCUCGGCGUCGGAGGUUGAGCCACUCCCCGAUCCUGCCCAAGUGCCAGUUCCCCAACAAGUUACGAUCACGUCGGGUGUGACGACGUUGUCGAUUCAAUGGCAACCUCCAGAGAAUGGCCCCUUCACCCACGUCGUGGCGCAGACAUUGCCCCGGCCGACCAACUCGUGA